AUGAGGGAUCCCUGCGAGGGGCCAGGAGGGAAGGAAGAGCAGGAGGAAGGGGUGGCGACGGCCGCUGGGCGUCCUGCAGGGGUCCCGGAGGCCAAGAAGGGUUCGGACGCAGAUUCGGACUCCGACCAAGAGACAGAAGGUGCCUACGGGCAGGGGGGACAGAGCCAGGACACCCUCUACCUGAGGUCUUGCCGGGCCCACAGUGUUGUGCCUGCCUCCUGCUUCCUGCGCCAAGGGAGCAACCCAGAGCUCAACCUGCAGCACCGUGGCCUGGGGCCCCAGGGGGCCCGGGCUCUGGCUUCCGCACUGACCUGCAAUCCCGACAUCAAGCGGCUGGACCUUCGGGACAACGGGCUCUGUGGGGCCGGUGCGGAGGCCCUGGCGGGAGCUCUGAGCAAAAGCAGCAGCAUCUGCGAUGUGGACCUGUCGGAGAACCAGCUGGGAGCGGUGGGAGCCCGGGCCAUCUGUGCUGCCCUGGCGGGGAACCCGGCCGUGCAGAGGGUGCGGCUGGCAGGGAACGGCCUGGAGGAGCAGGCGGCCCAGGACCUCGCUGAGCUGCUGCUGGCCCACACGGGCCUGAAAUCCCUGGACCUGAGCUAUAACCAGCUGGAUGACCAGGCAGGGGAGACGCUUGGACCAGCACUGGCAGAAAACACAGGACUCACCGAGCUUAACGUACGCUGGAAUCACCUGCGAGGCCCAGGAGCCGUCGCCUUCACCAGGGGCCUGGAGGCAAACAUCUUCCUGAGGGUCCUGGACAUCUCAUACAAUGGCUGUGGGGACCCCGGAGCCGCCGCGGUGGGGGAGGCGCUCAAGGCCAACAACGUGCUAGAGGAGCUCCGCAUGAGCAACAACCGCAUCUCUGCGGUGGGAGCCCUGAGCCUGGGCCUGGGCCUGCGGGUCAACCAGACGCUGAGGAUUCUUGUUGUGUCCAGGAAUCCCAUGCGAAGUGAAGGCUGCUUUGGUGUUCUCAAGUCUGUCCAGGCUAAUCCGCUGUCUGCCCUAGAGCUGCUGGAUUUUUCUGAUAUCCAGGUGAACAGAGAGUUUGAUGACCUCGCCAGCUCAGUGAAGGUCAUUCUUCCAGGGCUUCGCAUAAAGACGGCUGCCCGCAGAGUGGAGUACAAAGAAGAACUGCUGCCUGUCUUCAGACCGUCUGAAUGACUGUGAAAGGGGGUUUCCUCAUCUCUCCCAUCGGCCACUUCAAUUUCGCGAUGACUUUCAACACAAGUCUGCACCAAGUCCCCAUGUCAACCGGGUGCCCAGCCCUACAGAGCCAGCCUUCAUACUGACUCAGACGCCGAUACUAAUUGGGGCCUUCCUUUGCU